GUAGCACUUCCUCCAAACUAUCCUUAUACUCCAAUAUCUCAGCAUGUUUAUCUCAUGGAACCCGCUAAAGAAUAUCAAUUUGAGCUAGAUCCAUUUCAGAAAGCGGCAAUCGCGUCGAUUGAAAGAUCUGAAUCAGUUUUGGUCAGUGCUCAUACUUCAGCUGGCAAGACUGCAGUAGCCGAAUACGCGAUUGCUCUAGCAUUGAAAAAUAAACAGAGAGUAAUCUAUACAAGUCCGAUCAAGGCUCUAAGCAAUCAAAAAUAUAGAGAAUUGGAAUCGGCUUUUAGUGACGUGGGUUUAUUAACGGGUGAUGUGACUAUAAAUCCAAACGCGAGCUGUUUAGUAAUGACAACUGAGAUUUUACUCGCAAUGCUUUAUCGUGGUAAUGAUGUUAUCAUGCGAGAGGUUUCAUGGGUUGUCUUUGAUGAAAUUCAUUAUAUGCGAGAUAAAGUAAGAGGUGUAGUUUGGGAAGAAGUUCUAAUAUUAUUACCUCAUCAAGUACAUUUUGUUUUCUUGUCUGCAACAAUUCCUAAUGCAAUGGAAUUUGCUGAAUGGAUAUGCAAGAUACAUGCUCAGCCAUGUCACGUUGUAUAUACUGACUUUCGUCCCACACCCUUACAACAUUAUAUUUAUCCUUGUGGAGGUGAUGGCAUAUAUAUGGUGGUUGACGAAAACGGUGUAUUCAAAGAAGAUAAUUUUUUACAAGCAACUCAAUCAUUAUUACCAGAUCAAGAUAUUGAAUACAAAUCUUUUAAGGGUAAAAAAACAACUGUAAUUGAUAAAUCAACCAAAG